GGGGUGGUCGGGGUGUAUCUAGACAAAAUAGGGCUGGCAAUUCCCUGAACCUCCAUCAUAAGGGAGGAUGGACCUUUAAUUGGGAUGCUUAAGUGGGAACGUGGAAGCAUCUAUUCAUAGAGUCACAGAAUCAUGGAAUGGUUUGGGUUGGAAGGGACCUCAAAGUUCAUCCAGUUCCAACUCCCUGCCACGGGCAGAGACACCUCCCACUGGAUCAGGGGCUUCGAGCCCCAUCCAACCUGGCUUUGAACACCUCCAGGGAGGGGGCAGCCACCGCUCCUCUGGGCAAUACAGGCAGCUCAAAGUGUGAUUGAAGGGUGGACUGAGAAAAUAAUUGUAGACUUUGUUUUGAAACAGAAACUGGAUAGUUUAAAGCCCAGAAAAGGAAGAAGUUACACUGCAGCCACGUUGGCUGCUUUACUCAACACUGCUGUUAACAAACCAGAAAUAGUUAAAAUCAGUAACACCUUUUCAUAAGGCUGAACUAAAGCAGUGUGAUUUAACAAGAUGUGGAGAUAGAGGAAAUAUGCUGGUAAGAUUAAUAUUACCAAUGUCAAAGACGUUUGAGUGCCAUCCCUGGAAGUGUUCAAGGCCAGGUUGGAUGGAUCUUGGAGCAACCUGAUGCGGUGGGAGGUGUCUCUGCCCAUGGCAGGAGGUAGAACUGGAUGGGCUUUGAGGUCCUUUCCAACCCAAACCGUUCCGUGAUUCUGUGCUUGUAAGCCAGGCACCUUGUGUUAAAACGGAUGAAUUUCAACAGUUGUUGGUAGAUCCCAAUGCUUAGUUAGAUGCAGGGUUUCUCCUUGCCCAGAGGAGCAGCAGAGGUGAUACAGAGCAAAAACAGAGGCUGCACCUAGAGUCUGCAGGUCUUGCAUCAAAAUCCACUUUAAACCACAUUUGCUGAGAGAUCUUAGACAACCAGAGGAAUUUGAUUGCUCCUGGUUAUCAGAGGCCAAUGCAAGAAGAGGAGCUGCUUGGGGUCUGUGCACCCCUGAGGAAUCAGUGAGGUUAUUGUAUUUCUUCUCAGCAGCUGAAAUUGGGGUAAGGAGAGGCUCUGCAAACAGGAGUAAAAGCACCUGGAGGAUAUUGCAGCUUGGUUAUCAAGGAAGGAAAAUCAUAGUGCUCAGGAGGGCUCCAGGGAGCUCCCUGGGAGGGGAAUGAGCACCUGGCUGCUAUCAGCAAUUGCUAUUGGUUUGCAUUCAGCAAAUGCAGGGGGUGGAGGAGAACAGGCAGCCCCAUGGGUGAAGGGCUGCGGGGAGCUGGGCAGGGAUGCAGGGGUCUCCACCUGACACGUCUGACUCUGAUCGGGUGGAUGAGCUGCUUUCCACGGGAUUGAUCUGCCAGGUAAGACCCCAAUCUGGGGGACAAAAGUGGUGGUGUUCUCUCAUUUACUUUGGUACUGCUCUACCCGUGGUCUCUGCUGACCUGAGAGACAGAGUGGUGCCUGUGCUGCCAAUUAUCUCCUGCCAGACUGGGUGGAGGCUGCGGGUGUUAACUGGUGGCUCUGGGAGCCCAGUGCCCCAGCCGGGCUGGGGUCAGUCGCUUUCCAAUUAGACCAGUUGCCACUCACUCAUGCGGCAUCCUUUGCGCUAAGCCUGAUCUCUGACCCCAUGGCAAGGAAGCCACAAACGCUCUUCCCAAGGGGGACUGGAAGAUGCUCCUUUGUUUCUGCAGGGUUUGAGCCCAAACUGUGCCCAUGGGAGCACCAAGGGGCAGGGAUGCAGCUUGGAGUGGGGUUUGCGCCUCGAUGAAGUGCCAGGCUGGCCAGGGGCACCCAGCGGGCACCUCGUCCCUGCCCCAGAGCGGCUCAGCCAGUGUCCCAUGGGACAAUAGCAGGGUGGUUCACAGUGCUGUGAACUGUACUGUCUGUACGAUUGAAACGUGGCUUCAAGCAAGCUGAGGCUUGGUUGGGCAAGGAGAGCUGCUUCAGACAGGGUGCAAGGGUACCCGGUGCAAAGGAAGAAGCCCCCGCCUUGCCAGGACCUGUGUCUCCUCCCGGGAUGGAGAUCGGAUCCGUGCAGCCCCCAGCCCACCCAUGUCCCACGGUUUCCUAAACAUGUCACUGGAGGUGACCCAACACUCUCAGCAGAGUCAGGAAUGCCGCAGGUGGUACCUGAUCAGGAGCCGUCCCCGAGCCAGCAGUGACGUCCUGUGGGACGUGCUCACCCACACCUCUCCCCGUGCAGCUGAGUGCUGACCUCCCAGAGUUCUCUCCUUGCUGGGACGGGGGCCAGGAAAAGGGUUUGGCAAGAUGUUCGCACCGCUGCGCUGCAGGAGGGGCUUUCCCAGGGAGCCCUGGCCGCGGCAGGCUGGACAACCACCACCCCCUGCUCAUGGUCCCCCAGAUGCCUGGAAGAAGCCACCCUGGUCGGGCCAGUGCAGGAGAGGCAGGGGCCAAUGGUGCCCGCCUGGUUCCUGGCGCCCCAGACGCUUCCCUGGCCCUGCUGCCUUCCAUAGGGAUGAGGACAGGAGAUGGGGACCCCAUGAUGGUCCCCUGCCACCCCCCUGGGAUAAUGGAGGAGACGAGCAAGGACCUGAGGAUGACUUCAAAGAGCCUGGUCCCUGGGAUGCCAGCCCUUUCCCUGGCCCUGCUGACUUCUGUGGGGCUGAAGACAGGAGAUGGGGACCCGAUGAUGGUCCCCCACUGCCCCCCUGGGACCAUGGAGGACAUGAGCAAGAACUGGAGGAUGGCUUCGAAGAGCGCGGUCCCUGGGGCCCCAGACCCUUCCCUGGCCCUGCCAACUUCCAUGGGAAUGAGGAGGACAGGACAUGGGAACACCCUGACUGUCCCCCACCACCUCCUUGGAAUGACAGAGAAGACAACCAAGGACCUGAGGACUUCUUCAGAGAAGGCUGGUUCCCAGAGCCGCCGCUGCCUGACCGCGACUGCUUUGCCAUGCCUGAAUUCACCGAGGACGAGCAGCACCCGCUGUGGUCCCCCGCCAGCCUGGCAGGGGAACGAGGAGGCUUCCAGGGUGGCUACCCAGCCUGGGGCUAUCGUGGUGUGGGUGGGAAACGCCGCCGACACUUUCGCCAGAGCUACCGAGAGUUAACCUUGAUCCACCAAGAUGUAAACUUGACCCAGCGCCUCCCAUGUCCUCAGCCCUCCAGAGGGAAUCGGCCACCCUCUAGAUCCUCUUCUCUCCCUGGGAAGAGCCAGCUGAAGGCCAAAGAAGAGCCGCAGCACCGGGAUCUUCCUCAACCACUUACUUCCUUCAAAGAUGCUCCACAGAGUGGGGAGCAGGCAGCUCAGGACCCAGCAGAGGUGAGCAAGAAGGUCCCAGAGCCCCCUGAACCUGCCAGCACCCCUCUGAAGAGCCCAGCUGCUGAUCCCCAGGCUGCAACAGAGACUGUGGAGCAGGAGCAGGCAGCAGGAGCGAUGCUGGUGGAGCCGCCAGCUGAGCAGAAACCCCCAGGCAGCCACAGCCAGAGCUCCUGUGCUUUCAAAACAGAGCCAGCGCAGCUGGAGGAGAGCUCUGCUGGGACAGAGGAGCACCCAAAAGUUGAGCUGUGCAGCCAAAGCGUCCCUACAGCUGGUGAAGACGGAAAGUCACAUUGCCAUGGUCCAACAGCCUCUCCAGAGCCUGCUGAGAGGGUCCAUGAAGCGGCUGGCUCUUUUGGAGAGGUCACACCAGGAGCUGCCACGAAGCCCAACACGCAGGGUGACUCUGACACCUGCACCGCACCAGGGACCUCCCUGGGAACCCAGCACCUUCCUGGAUCUGCUGAGACGGAGCCGGCUGCAAGCAGCCGGCCCCAGCUCUGCUCUGCGCUCCUGAAGUCCUGCUCAGUUGGCAAGGACCCCCGCUCCACCGCCAUCCUCGCCAAGAAGGAGGAGAUCGAGCUGUCGUACCAGCAGUUCAGCCUGACCAUGGCAGUGGUGGCCGCGAUGCUGCUGCAGAAGGAGCCCUCCAUGGAGGCAUCUCUGGGGCUGGCGCUGAGGGCCAACCUCCGCCAGGGCUGGAUGCAUUACCUCCGGGAGCUGGAGGACUUCAUCGACAGCUACGACUCGGCCACACUCACCCGCUGAGGGGACGCCAGGAUGAGUGGACGGACACCUGCCCUUACCAGCCAAGGUUGGGGGGUGAUGGAGGGCCAUGCUGUUGUGUUGAGGGGCUGGUGAUGGUGCUGAGCCCUUGGGUCAAGGUGGUAGAGACAUGCUGGCGCAGUCCCACCAUCUCUCUUGGAUAUGAAGGAGGAGGCAGAGGAGUUGCUUAGUUUUAGCCCUGCCCAAACCUGUAUGUGCAGCAAAAGGGAGAGAUGGUUUUAUUGGAGGUUAUGGGAGGGUUGUUGAGGGUUGUGUUUAGUGGCUGUAGGGAGCUCCCCUUUGCCCUGGCUCCCGGCUCCAUUCUUAUUUCUCAGGGUUGUGCCCCAAAACCUGGGGAUUUGUUCAUGGUUUCA